CCGCCGGAUGCCCCGGCCCCAGCCCCAUCCCCUGAGGAGCCAGAGCCCCCCGAUGCCCGGCCCCUGCACUUGGCCAAGAAGCAGGAGACGGCUGCGGUGUGUGGGGAGACCGACGACGAGGCGGGGGAGAGCGGGGGCGAGGGCAUCUUCCGGGAGAGAGACGAGUUCGUCAUCCGGGCCGAGGACAUCCCGGCUCUCAAGCUGGCCCUGCAGACAGGCCGAGAGCCGCCCCCCAUCUGGAGGGUUCAGAAGGCCCUUCUCCAGAAGUUCACCCCAGAGAUCAAGGACGGACAGAGGCAGUUCUGCGCCACCAGCAAUUACUUGGGCUAUUUUGGGGAUGCCAAGAACCGCUACCAGCGCCUAUAUGUGAAGUUUCUGGAGAACGUGAACAAGAAGGAUUACGUGAGAGUCUGUGCUCGAAAGCCCUGGCAUCGGCCCCCAGUGCCUGUCAGGCGUCCAGGACAGCCAAAGGGUACUCCAGCAUCAUCUGGGACAGCAGCCCCAGGGAGUGGGGUGUCCCUUCCCAAGCCCCCAGGUCCCCCUUCAAAAUCAGAACCCCCCGAGAAGACCCCUGAAAAGGCCCCUGAGAAGACCCCUGAGAAGGCCCCUGAGAAGACCCCUGAGAAGACCCCUGAGAAGACCCCCGAGAAAUCCCCAGAGCCAGUCCCAGAGAAGCCACCUACUCCAGCCCGCCCUCCUGAUAAGGAGCGGAGCCUUCGGUCAGAGCGGGUCACUCGAGGGGAACGGGGGCGCCCCGGCCCGCCUGCAGCGGAAGCCCCUCCGGCCAGGCCCCCACGUCCCCCAAAAGCCCGUCCAGCCAAGGUGAAGGCCGAGCCUCCCCCAAAGAAGAGGAAGAAGUGGCUGAAGGAGGCGAGUGAACGUUCGGCAGCGACCAGAGGCAGCUCCUCGGAAUCGGAGUCCUCCCCCGGGCCCCCCAGUGAGGAUGAGCGGGCGGCCCCAGGGCGGCUGCUAAAGACUCGGGCCAUGAGGGAGAUGUACCGGAGUUAUGUGGAGAUGCUGGUGAGCACAGCCCUGGACCCUGACAUGAUCCAGGCCUUGGAGGACACGCACGAUGAGCUGUACCUGCCCCCGAUGAGGAAGAUUGACGGAAUCCUCAAUGAGCACAAGAAAAAAGUCCUCAAGCGCCUUUCCCUGAGCCCGGCCCUGCAGGAUGCCCUGCACACCUUCCCCCAACUGCAGGUGGAGCGUGGCAGCAGCGGGGCUGGGGGAGCAGAGGGAACCCCCGGCUCGGGCUCUGGCGCCGUGCGGCUUCGGCCUGCGGGGGAUCCAUAUAACCGAAAGACCCUGAGCAAGCUGAAGAGGACUGUGGCCCGGGCCCAGGAGUUCAAGGUGGAGCUGGACAAGUCGAGCUUCUACACGCUCUAUCACGCUCUCCACCACUACAAGUACCACACCUUUCUCCGCUGCAGGGACCAGACGCUGGCCAUCGAGGGAGGCGCGGACGACCUGGGGCAGGAGGAGGUGGUUCAGCAGUGUAUGAGAAAUCAGCCCUGGCUGGAGCAGCUGUUCGACUCCUUUAGUGACCUCUUGGCCCAGGCCCAGGCUCAAGCCCAAGGCCGCUGCGUGUGACCCUGGGCUCCCCAGCAGCCAGGCCCAGAGCGAUGCUGCCCCGUCCCCGGGGCCUGUGACUGUCCAACAUCAGGGUCCCUGACUCGCCCUGCUGGGUUGUGUACCCUCCCUUUCACUGUACAGAGAAAUUAUUUAUAUAUAUCUGUAUAAAUGUCUAUUUAGUGCCCUCCCUCCUCUGCCCUCCCCCAUGUACAUAAUGUAUAGGAAAAGUCUAUGUAUGGGUGGCGGGGGCCCAGGGAACUCGGGGGCCCCUCCUGCUGCCCCUGCCAGCCAAGACCUUUUCUCGAGGGGCCGUCAUGCCCACGCGGGGGCUGUGGCGGGUGGGGGCGGGAGCUCGUCCUGUUAAUUAUUUUUAAUCUUAUUUAUUGUACAUACCUUGGGGAAGGGCCUUGGGGAGGGGGAAGGGCCCCUCCUCGCCUCCUCUGGGGCGCUUUGCCCGGCCCGCCGCCGCCGCCGCCUCCUCCUCCAUCGGGUUUCUGAGUGUUGUCUGAAUGUGGUUCUUUUUUAUCAGUCUGUCCCCCCAGCCCUCCUCUCCCCUGGUGUCUCCUCUGUCUCUCUCGGGCUUCUAUACCAUUCACCUUGUAUACACUGUGUACACAGAACCAGCCAAACAGCAACCACGUUAUUUGCA